AUGGCGAUUUCGUCGCUCCGCUGGAAUGACGUAGGGUUGCCGAGCCGCCAAUGAGCAGCUUGGGUGGAGGUGGUGCGCUUUUGCGCAAGCGCGCUAGGCGCCCAGGUGAGUCGCUUGGGGCGGGGAAAGUUGGCCACGGAGGCCAGCGGGGUACCGGCGUGAAGAGGAGGAGGAGGCUCGGGGGUGGUGGCCGUUGCCGACAAUUCACGUAUCCCCGUGCUGACAUGUCCUCCUCCGGCGCAAUGCCCGCUGUUUCUUCCGCCUCUUCCUCCGCGGCAGUGGGGAUCUUGUCGGCCGCUACAGCUAAGACCAAGACCAAAAAGAAGCACUUCGUGCAGCAGAAAGUGAAGGUGUUCCGGGCCAGCGACCCGCUCAUCAGUGUGUUCAUGUGGGGAGUCAACCACUCGGUAAAUGAACUUAUCCAAGUGCCUGUCCCAGUGAUGCUCUUACCAGACGAUUUCAAAGCUAAUUCCAAAAUUAAAGUCACAAAUCAUCUUUUCAACAGGGAAAACCUACCCAGUCACUUCAAAUUCAAAGACUACUGUCCACAGGUUUUCAGAAAUCUGCGGGAGAGAUUUGGGAUAGAUGACCAAGACUUCCAGGCAUCACUGACAAGGAGUUCCCCAUACUGUGAAAGUGAAGGCCACGAUGGUCGCUUUCUUCUCUCCUAUGAUAAAACAUUGGUCAUUAAAGAGAUUUCUAGUGAGGAUGUUGCAGAUAUGCACAAUAUUCUCUCUCAUUAUCACCAGCAUAUAGUGAAAUGUCAUGGCAACACUCUGCUGCCUCAGUUUUUGGGGAUGUACCGUUUGAGCGUGGACAAUGAAGAUUCUUAUAUAAUAGUCAUGAGGAAUAUGUUUAGUCACAGACUGACUGUUCACCGGAAGUAUGAUCUAAAGGGUUCACUGGUAUCCCGGGAAGCUAGUGAUAAAGAAAAGGUAAAAGAAUUGCCAACUUUAAAAGAUAUAGAUUUUUUAAACAAGAGCCAGAAAGUAUAUGUGGAUGAAGAGCAAAAGAGAAAUUUUAUGGAGAAACUGAAGCGUGAUGUAGACUUUCUAGUACAGUUAAAGCUCAUGGAUUAUAGUCUGCUGCUGGGAAUCCAUGAAGUUUUCCGGGCUGAGCAAGAAGAAGAGGAGGAAUUGGAAGAGGAAAAUGCUGAAAAUGAAUGUUCUCCACAUGUUGGAUCAUAUGGAACAUCUCCUGAAGGCAUUGCCGGUUACCUGAACUCUCAUAAACCAUUGGGCCCUGGGGAAUUUGAGCCCAUCAUCGAUGUAUAUGCCAUCAAGAGCUCAGACAGUGCUCCACAGAAGGAAGUUUAUUUUAUGGGCCUGAUUGAUAUUCUCACACAUUAUGAUGCCAAGAAGAAAGCAGCACAUGCAGCAAAAACUGUAAAGCAUGGGGCUGGAGCAGAGAUUUCCACAGUGCAUCCUGACCAGUAUGGAAAAAGAUUCCUGGAGUUUGUCACAAAUAUCUUUGCCUAAUCCAUCAACAGACACAAAGGGGAUAACAGAGAAAAACAAUGAGAGCCUAUUGUCUUCUCUCAUUUCUAUAAUCCAGCAUCCAGGAAGGGCACAGAAUUUUCACUGUAUACAUUUAUUAACAAGCACAAUUGGUAAAGUUGAUCACUGGUUUGCAUUGAUUUCCUUCAUAAUACUAAACACUGUACAAUUACAUUACAGGAAUUUAGUAUAGUCACAGGAAUCUGAAUUAAACAACACUAGAGAGAGUCCAAUGAUCUGCGUAUUUAUGCUAAUGUGCUGAACUUGAAUACCUCUUUUACUGUAACAUAUAAUUCUAACGCAAGGAACACAUAAGAAUCCAUAUUGAUGGUAACACUGUAGGCAGACUUAGAGACUGUAUUGCUCAUCCCCCAAUAACACUGUUACAAGAUAAAAAAUAAUUUAUUUUUAGCAGAUUAGUAAAUAGUAGUAGAUAAGAUUAGUAAAGCAUUAAAGAAGAACUAAAGCACAGUAAAGAAUUGGUCUGGACAUGUUACAACUUGUGUUUUGGGCUUCUGUACCAGUCCAAAGUCACCACAUCCUUUUAUCAUUGAAGAUCUGUGCCUCUGAAAUACCCGCAGUAACUCCCUACCUUUUCUGCUGAUUUAUAGCACAUGCAAAAUCCAAUUGCCCAACAUGCACCUCCUAUGCUAGUAUAUAUCAAGUUCACAAUAAUAAUUAAUUCACAGUAUUAGCAUGGAGACCAGUGUGAACCGCACCCACAUUAAUUAAUAAUUAGCCCUUUAGCAUCAGCUACUGAUUUAAACUUAUGUUCUUCUAAUGCUUUGAUAAUUCCUGAAGACCCCUAAACUUACCUAGUCAACCGCAGCCCAGACACACUGAGCAUGUGUGAUGCCACUGACACGCUCAAGAUGGUCUAAAAAGGUCCAAGAUUGGGAAUGGCUGUGAACAUUUUUGAGGGGCUGGAUCAUUAAUGUUAUAAAGCAAUAAAGCCUCUGCGCUAGGUACAGUACAUUUUAGUAUGUAAGAUAGUUCUCCUUUAAAUCUGCGUUUUUUUUUUUUUUUUUAAACAAAUUAAGUUUCAUCUUUUGGAUAAGUAUAAAAAAACUCACACCUUGGGCUUAGCUUGAUGAUUUAUUUUGCUUAGGUUAAACACGAGGUUUGCUGUUUUUGGUGUGUCCCUUUAUUAAGUGAGAGUGUAGUCAUUUGAAUUUAUUUUGUUUAUAAAGGCCUCUAGUAAAAGGACUGUCAUAGCCACAUGAGCUUUAAUCAUCUCCUUUGUGCCCUAAAUAAGGUUCUUAUUUUUCUCUCUAGUACGUUAUUUUUUAUAAAAGGAUUUUCAAAGACACAGCUUUGUGUUUACAUGCUUUUCCUAUUUAUUCUCAAACAUUUCACUCCAGCAAUGCUGGCGUGCUGCCAGAGAGAUUACAAGGGCUUACAAGGUAUGCAAUUCUACUUUUCCUCAUUUUAAGGGAACAUUACUAAUCAGAGUCCUAUUGAUCUAAGUGAGAGUGGGUUAUUUCUUAUAAACCAUGAACCUCAGGUUAUAUAAGUAAGAAAAGAUGAUGUGGGUUUCUAAUAUUCUUUUACUUCAUUGCUUAAUUGGCAUGUUAUAUUUAACCUAAAAUGUAUGUCCUUUUGGAACAUAACCAUUUGCACUGUAGCCUCCUCUGGUAAAAACCCCUCUUAAAAUGACCAGUUUUUCCCAGAAAUGUCCUCUGUAAAAAGACUUUAGGUAAUAACUGGUAUUUAUCGUAUAGAUAUGCAACUUGUGAUCCUUCUAUUACCCUGGCCGGGAUUAAGAGUAAUUGGUGACUGUGAGUGCUUUACAUGAGUGGCUUUUCACUGGAGGUUUCAUGUGUUCCAUGAGGAAGAUUAGUUUUUUUCCCUCUCUUCCUACUGGAGAAUAGCAAAAUUCCCUCUCUACAGUAAUAAGGGGGGUAUGUAUUAAAAGGCACUAAGUUUGCCCAGUAGCAGUAACCCUUAACCUAUAGGAUUCUUGCUUUUAAACAGGUUACCAGUAAAUGCUGCCUUCUGAUUGGCUGCUAUGGGUUACUGCUCCUGGGCGUUUUUUACAUAAUCCCCUAAGUGUUAAUUUUUCUGGAGUGCUUCUGGACCUGGUAAACCAUUUAUGGAUAAUAGGUGAGCCUAGCAGCAGGUCUGUGCCAUCAAAAUGGGCGGGAUUACUGCACCUCUUUUAGUUUUCUGUUAGGUGGCAGCUGCUUUUUAAUUAACUUCAAGAAAGAUACACAAUAGAACUGUGGCCUUUUGUAGAAGAGUUUAGAGCAGUGCUUUUUGGAUGCUUUGGGUAAAGCUUCCCUUUGACAUCCAAUAUUUGGUCAGGGCCGCUUUACCCAUCUACUGCAGGAUCUAUCUAGAUUAUCUUCUCCCUGUGGGACAUUCUUUAAAGGGAUACUGUCAUGGGGAAAAAAAUUUUUCCCAAAAUGAAUCAGUUAAUAGUGCUGCUCCAGCAGAAUUCUGCACUGAAAUCCAUUUCUCAAAAGAGCAAACAGAUUUUUUUUAUAUUCCGUUUUGAAAUCUGACAUGGGGCUAGACAUAUUGUCAAUUUUGACCGUAUCCCUUUAAACUAUCUAGACUGCAUAUAGAAAAGUGAAGCAGUUUGUGAUAUACAUUGCACUGCUUUAAGUCUACAUUAUUUAAGUCUAUAUUUUAUAGCAUUAGCUAUAGCAUCAGCCAUUUAAUAGGAAAUCGGUUUCCCUACAAAAGUGCUAUGCUACUAUAUAUUUUUUUUAUUCUUUUUUUUUAAAGGAGAAGAAAAGUUAAAAUCAAAAUAUCACUCCUCAGUGAUUAGUUUACUUCUAGAUCUUAUGUUUCGUUUUCUGUUGCUCCAGGCCAGCAUAUGUGCUGUAGAGUGAAAAAGGUUGUUUUUUUUUUUUGCUUAAAGUUUAUCUCUUUACUGCACAUGCGCACCUGACGAUGGCAACGUGGUGCUCACAGAGAAGUAACCUUGGCUGGUGCAGUCUUCUGCUAACAACAGUGCCAGCCUGGGUUAUCGGAUACGUGAUUAUAUUCACACCCACUAAUUACCAGUGAAAGCCCCAAUAGCUUGUCGUGAGCAUUGGAAAUAGUAGUGGCAUUGGCCCAUCAAUGGAGUAUGUCCUGCCACUGUGUUUGUUCUGUAUACAGGUCAUUACAUCCCAGAGCCCACCUGUGUUGUACAGAUCAACUGCCCUCAGUGAGGAUGAAUGAGCUAGACAUGGAGGCUUUUUGUUGCAAAAGAAGACUGUUGCACUUUCCAGUCUAUUAGCAGUAUUGAUGCAGCCUUCCUGUCUUUCUUUUGUUCAACAAGUUGCAAUACUGGAUGCCUCCCUAAACCCAACAUAAAUGAUUCAUUUGCAAGUCCAUAUUAAUAUAAGAUCAUGUAGUCACCACUACGCCAGCUUUAUUAUCAAUGCCAAACACAAGCCUUUAUCCAGCCAGCCGAUAACAUUCUUUCGGUGGCAUAUUGCCCAUGUGAUUGAGUGAAUAUCCUAAAGGAAUAAGCGCUUUGACAAUCAUCUAGAUUACGGAAUACAUUCUUAAUCAUCUAAAUGAUUUUUCACUGUAAGAUUUCAGCAUUUAUUCAUUAACCAAGAUCUCAUUUGCCUUUCCUCACAAUGACAUAUUUGUACUAAAAUAUUUUAUGCCUUUAAUGAAUACCUUAAUAUCAGUAAUACCCUUGUACAAAUAGCUAAUUCCUGCUUUAUCUGGAUGUGCAAGAUCUUUGAAACUUCAGUAUGUGGAGUAACUCUUUCCAUUUUAUCACUCGACAUUCUUAGAAGUGCCUUAUUCUCUUUUGUACAUAAGCAGUUUUAUAUAUUUUUUACGCAAAUGCACAAUUGAAUUUCUGAGCUGUAUAAUUGUGUACAAGCUGUCAGGUGCUGGGAUAAAUGUAUAUGCUAAUAAAGCAAAAUAUAUUGUAUACUAA